UCGUGUAUUCAACAUUUGAUUUUGUUCGUGAACAAGAUUGUGUGCAGUAGUUACACAGUUUCUUGUUUCAUUAUCAGACUGUCAGCUCAACCUCAAAUAGAAGGUGAAACGUUUGGCUAGUAACCUAUCUUUGGCUUAACUGUCAGGUGAUACCCCAAGCCAAGUCAAAUUGACUGACCACUUUAUAAAUAAAGUGAUGUUAUUCUUUAUUUAAACUUUAUUUAACUAGGCAAGUCUGUUAAAGAACACUUUCUGCCUACCAAAAGGCCUCCUGCAGUGACGGGGGCUGGGAUAAUAAAAAAAAUGCGACAAGAGAGACCUAAAACAACAAACAUAGCAUGGCAGCAACAAAUUACAACAUAGCAUGGAAGCGACUCAACAUGGCAGCACAACAUGAUAGCUACACAAAACAUGGUCAAUGCCAGUGUGACAAUGGAUGGGUACUCGGUGCAUAAAGUAAUAGGUGAAGGGUCCUUUGGUCGGGCACUACUUGUCCAAUCCAGAAUCAACCAUGAGAACUAUGUCAUGAAAGAGAUCCUACUCCCAAAGACACAAUCCAAGAUGGCGAACACCAGAAGAGAAGCUGUGCUCCUGUCCAGGAUGAAACAUCCCAGCAUAGUGGCCUUCAGAGACUCUUUUGAAGGUGACGGCCACCUCUACAUAGUGAUGGAGUUCUGUGGUGGAGGAGACCUGCUCCAGAGGAUACAACAACAGAGGAACACACUGUUCUCACAGGAAACAAUCCUGAAGUGGUUUGCUCAGAUGUGUUCUGGUACGAUCCACAUCCAUGACAAACGGGUCUUACACCGGGAUCUCAAGUCCAAGAAUAUCUUCCUGACAGACGAUGGCACGGUGAAGCUGGGUGACUUUGGCUCAGCCUGUGUUCUGAACAGUGCGAAGGCCUACGCUCACACGUACGUAGGAACGCCUUACUAUGUGUCUCCAGAGAUCUGGGACAGUAAGCCGUACAACAACAAGAGCGAUGUGUGGUCUCUCGGCUGUGUCCUCUACGAGCUCUGCACCCUGCGACACCCGUUUCAGGCUCCUAGUUGGAAGAGUCUGAUCAUGAAGGUGUGCCGUGGUUCCUACCCUCCUCUUCCCCAACACCUGCCCUAUGAGCUGCACUACCUGGUCAAACAGAUGUUCAAGACCAACCCCAAAGACCGUCCGUCCCUCCACACCAUCCUCACGUCUCACCGCAUAGCCGGUCUCCUGCACCGACACCUGCCCAACAAGGAGUCGGAGAGGAGAACAGGGAGAUGGAGGAGAGAGGAGGGGGAGAAGGUCGCCUCACUCCUGGGGCAGAAGACCCUCAUCACAGGCUCUACCCUGGAGGGUCUGGAGAUCUGUGUGGCCCCUGAGGCCCCUGCUGAGGCCCCUGCUGAGAGCAGCACCAGUAGAGAGCAUUGUGGCCCUCGUAGACAGUGGGCCCCAGGCCCCUCAGACACAGCUCUACAGGUGUUGGCUAACACAGACCUCCUCUCCUCUGGGAGUCUGGCAACCACAGGCCAGACACAUUCAGAGAACAGAGAGCGGAGACGAUGGGACAGGAGUCCACCAGAGAAGCUACUGAGACUGUUAGAGAAAGCCCAGCUCAGCACCGCUUUCAGAACCUACUCCAUACACACAGAAGGUGAAGACCCGCUGGUAGGCCCCCUGUCCCGGGGAGGAAGGGACGACACCGACGGACCGACAGCUGGACAGACAGAGGAUGAAGAACGGCUGCAACCACGCUCUGAUGACGAGGAUACAGACUUUGAAGAGGACUGUCCCUGUGACUGGAUGGAGGAACUAGAGCAGAUGUCUAUGGACCACUGAUACCUAGCGGUCUGCCUAGCUAGCGGUCUGCCUAGCUAGCGGUCUGCCUAGCUAGCGGUCUGCCUAGCUAGCGGUCUGCCUAGCUAGCUGUCUGCCUAGCUAGCGGUCUGCCUAGCUAGCUAGCGGUCUGCCUAGCUAGCUAGCGGUCUGUCUAGCUAGCUAGCGGUCUGCCUAGCUAGCUAGCGGUCUGCCUGCCUAGCUAUGUCCACUACAGUAGGCUAUGUCCACUGUCUACAGGAUGUUCACUACAGUAGGCUAUGUCCACUGUCUACAGGAUGUCCACUACAGUAGGCUAUGUCCACUACAGUAGGCUAUGUCCACUACAGUAGGCUAUGUCCACUGUCUACAGGAUGUCCAUUACAGUUGUCUACGGUGCCUUGGGAAACUAUUCAGACCCCUUUUACUUUUUCCACAUGUUGUUAUGUUAAAGCUUUGUUCUAAAAUUGAUUAAAUCGAUUUUUCCCCCUCUUCAAUCUAAACACAAUAUGGCAUCACAAUACCCCAUAAUGGCAUCACAAUACCCCAUAAUGGCAUCACAAUACCCCAUAAUGGCAUCACAAUACCCCAUAAUGGCAUCACAAUACCCCAUAAUGGCAUCACAAUACCCUAUAAUGACAAAGAAAAAACUGUAUUUUAGUCAUUUUUGAUAAUUAUUCAGACCCUUUACUCAGUACUCUGGUGAAGCACCUUUGGCAGCAAUUACAUCAUCCAGCCUUCUUGGGUAUAAUGCUACAAGCUUGACACCUGUAUUUGGGGAGUUUCUCCCAUUCUUCUCUGCAGAUCCUCUCAAGCUCUGUCAGGUUGGAUGGGGAUCAUUGCUGCACAACUAUUUUCAGGUCUCUAGAGAUGUUCGAUCGGGUUCGAGUCCGAGCUCUGACUGGGCCACUCAAGGACAUUCAGAGAUUUGUCCCGAAGCCACUCCUGCGUUGUCUUGGCUGUGUGCUUAGGGUCGUUGUCCUGUUUUAAGGUGAAACUUCCCCCCAGUCUGUGGUCCUGAGCGCUCUGGAGCAGGUUUCAUCAAAGAUCUCUCUGUACUUUGCUCCGUUCAUCUUUCCCUCGAUCCUGACUAGUCUCCCAGUCCCUGCCGCUGAAAAACAUCCCCACAGCAUGAUGCUGCCACCACUUGACAUUCAGGCCAAAGAGUUCAAUAUUGGUUUUAUCAGACCAGAGAAUCUUGUUGAAUCUUGAGUCUUUAGGUGCCUUUUGGCAAAUUCCAAGCAGGCUGUCAUGUGCCUUUUACUGAAGAGUGGCUUCCAUCUGGCCACUCUUCCAUAAAGGCCUGAUUGGUGGAGUGCUGCAGAGAUGGCUGUCCUUCUGGAAGGUUCUCCCAUCUCCACAGAGGAACUCUGGAGCUCUGUCAGGGUGACCAUCAGGUUCUUGGUCACCUCCCUGACCAAGGCCCUUCCCAACCAAUUGCUCAGUUUGGCCCAGAAGCCAGCUCAAGGAAGAGUCUUGGUGGUUCCAAACUUCUUCCAUUUAAGAAUGAUGGAGGCCACUGUGUUCUUGGGGACCUUCAAUGCUGUAGACAUUGUUUUGGUACCCUUCCACCAGAUCUGCGCCUCGACACAAUCCUGUCUCGGAGCUCUACGGACAAAUUCCUUCAACCUCAUGGCUUGGUUUUUGCUCUGUCAACUGUGGGACUUUAUAUAGACAGGUGUGCUUUUCUAAAUCAUGUUCAAUUAAUUGAAUUCAUCACAGGUGGACUCCAAUCAAAUUGUAGAAAUAUCUCAAAGGAUGAUCAAAAUAGAAUGAUAUGUCACUUGCACAGAAUACAACAGGUAGACCUUACAUUGAAAUGCUUUCAAUGGAAACAGGAUAAACCUGAGCUCAAUUUUGAGUCUCAUAGCAAGGGGGCUGAAUACUUAUGUAAAUAAGGUGCUUCUGUUUUUUUAUACUGUAUAUACAUUUGCAAACAUUUCUAGAAACCUGUUUUCACUUUUGUAAUUAUGGGGUAAUUGUGUGUAGAUAGAUGAGGGGAAACAAUUAUUUAAUAAUUUUAGAAUAAGGUUGUAAGGCUGUCGGUCCACUACACUAGUCUGUCUGUCCACUACACUAGUCUGUCUGUCCACUACACUAGUCUGUCUGUCCACUACACUAGUCUGUCUGUCCACUACACUAGUCUGUCGGUCCACUACACUAGUCUGUCGGUCCACUACACUAGUCUGUCGGUCCACUACACUAGUCUGUCGGUCCACUACACUAGUCUGUCUGUCCACUACACUAGUCUGUCUGUCACAAUACACUAGUCUGUCUGUCCACUACACUAGUCUGUCUGUCCACUACACUAGUCUGUCUGUCCACUACACUAGUCUGUCGGUCCACUACACUAGUCUGUCGGUCCACUACACUAGUCUGUCGGUCCACUACACUAGUCUGUCGGUCCACUACACUAGUCUGUCUGUCCACUACACUAGUCUGUCUGUCACAAUACACACUGCCACAAUACAGGCUGUCACAAUACACGCUGUCACAAUACACGCUGUCACAAUACACGCUGUCACAAUACACGCUGUCACAAUACACACUGCCACAAUACACACUGCCACAAUACACACUGCCACAAUACACGCUGUCACAAUGCAAGCUGUCACAAUGCAAGCUGUCACAAUACACACUGCCACAAUACACACUGCCACAAUACACGCUGUCACAAUACACACUGCCACAAUACAGGCUGUCACAAUACACACUGCCACAAUACACACUGCCACAAUACACGCUGUCACAAUACACGCUGUCACAAUACACACUGCCACAAUACACGCUGUCACAAUACACACUGCCACAAUACACACUGCCACAAUACACACUGCCACAAUACACGCUGUCACAAUACAGGCUGUCACAAUACAGGCUGUCACAAUACAGGCUGUCACAAUACACACUGCCACAAUACACACUGUCACAAUACACACAGAUUGCAUUCCAUCUUAUCUAUUACAUAUGAAUGACUAAAUGACAGCACUUUAAUACAACUGAAAUGAUUCAACAAACUUCCCGUUAACUUGUUUUUCCUGUGGGGGAUGUUCAUUUGAUUUCCAUAAAGAUAAUUUACAUUACAAUGGAGUCCUUCAGCAUUCACUCCUUUCCAGAGUGGCCUACAAUCAAUCAGUCCGUUCAACCACAGUAGAAACAUCAACUAGCACAAUCACUGUACAGGAGAAACCUUCAAACACCCAGCUGUCUGCAAAAUCAAUACUAGUAAGUGUAAAGGCAAAGAUAAGUACAGAUCAACAUUACGUGUGUGUGUGUGUGUGUGUGUGUGUGUGUGUGUGUGUGUGUGUGUGUGUGUGUGUGUGUGUGUGUGUGUGUGUGUGUGUGUUUCAUUCAGGAAAACCCUUUUUUUGCGGUUAUUGUCAGAUUAUCCGUUUUGUAGCUGCAUAGAAUUUACAGUGCAGUUCUGAACUUUACUCCUUCCUGAUCACGAGGGUCAUAUUCAUUAGUGCACACAGUACUGAAACGUUUUACAACUGAAAACAAGUGGGUUUUUUUACGAGACAAGUUCAGUUAGUCCCUCCCUGUUUCAGCCCUUCAGGCAGUCCCUCCCUGUUUCAGCCCUUCAGGUAGUCCCUCCCUGUUUCAGCCAUUCAGUUAGUCCCUGUUUCAGCCCUUCAGGUAGUCCCUCCCUGUUUCAGCCCUUCAGGUAGUCCCUCCCUGUUUCAGCCCUUCAGUUAGUCCCUGUUUCAGCCCUUCAGGCAGUCCCUCCCUGUUUCAGCCCUUCAGGUAGUCCCUCCCUGUUUCAGCCCUUCAGGUAGUCCCUCCCUGUUUCAGCCCUUCAGGUAGUCCCUCCCUGUUUCAGCCCUUCAGUUAGUCCCUGUUUCAGCCCUUCAGGCAGUCCCUCCCUGUUUCAGCCCUUCAGGUAGUCCCUCCCUGUUUCAGCCCUUCAGGUAGUCCCUCCCUGUUUCAGCCCUUCAGGUAGUCCCUCCCUGUUUCAGCCCUUCAGGCAGUCCCUCCCUGUUUCAGCCCUUCAGGUAGUCCCUCCCUGUUUCAGCCCUUCAGGUAGUCCCUCCCUGUUUCAGCCCUUCAGUUAGUCCCUCCCUGUUUCAGCCCUUCAGGUAGUCCCUCCCUGUUUCAGCCCUUCAGGCAGUCCCUCCCUGUUUCAGCCCUUCAGGCAGUCCCUCCCUGUUUCAGCCCUUCGGGUAGUCUCUGUUUCAGCCCUUCAGGUAGUCCCUCUCUGUUUCAGACUAUUUUUUCUGUUUGGUGCCUGGUGAAUAUGACUCAGGUGAGAUGAGGGGUGGACCUAAUGAGGGAUGGAUAGCAGUAUUCUUUCAUCACUAAUUCCCAUACUGUACACUGAGCAGUACUACAUACCACUCCUGGGAAACCCCUCACGUGUAGGAGUUUACAUAUAUGUUGCACUGUUUACGUUUUGAAAUCUUGGAUAUGAAUUACUUCAAUGGGAACCAGUCCUGUUUUUUGACUGUAUGAUGAACAACUUUGUGAUACCAUUCAUAUUUUAACUAUAUGUCUUUUGUUAGAAAGUAUUCCACUGAGGAAAAUUUUAAUUUAAAAAAAUGUUUUGAAAUGUGUUGAAGAGUAAUGAUGAUAACAUUGAGUGAUCUCCGCUUAUCUUUUUAGAUUCAUCAGAGCUGUUUUUGUCUUUUAAUAUUUAAAUAAAUGGUAACUUAACAAUGUAUGAUUUAUGACAGAAAAUAAAGACAGUUGUUGUGAUGUC